CACAAUUUCCCAGCAACAAUUAUAAUAAUGCAUUAGGUAGACGUCUUGACCUCGUGAUUCUAAAUUUAAAUGAUAUUACGAAUAGUCUUUCAGAGGCUUUGAAUAAUAUUGAUGUUUUGGUUAGACGCUACAACAAUGAAAUUCAAAAUCCUUGGGUAACAUUAAAUAAUGAUAAGAGCAUAACUAUAUCACUUUCCAGGGAAAAGGAUCAUGCUAGUGACCUUGAUGACAUGGAUAAUAAUGGACGUAUUUGCGAAAUACCAACUGAUGCUAAUAUCUCAGAAGAUGCAAUCACAAGUAACAAAAAAACACAAAGUUCUACUGAUUUAGAAUUAACUAUUACACAAAUAAAUGCUAGAAAUAACAUUAAAGUUGACGCUCAUAUUACAAUAAUAAAAAAAUUAGAUGAAUUGAUUAUUAGACACAAAUAA